CAGCAACUGUCAUGCUAGCUCCUCCCACAUAUUUGCCUACUUUGGGUUUUCCUUGAGAAAACCGGUUUCAGAGCAGCCCAAAACAGAGCGGCGGGUCAUGUGACCUCAGGUUUGUCCACCUGUUUACACAAACGUCUGUCUGCUUGUCUGCAGGAACAGGAGGCUCCUCUCAGGGGGGUUGAGGUCCUGCCGACCGACGUCUCAGAGCCGCUGUAAGGCGACAGCACUGAACCUGAGCUUCCUCGUGGGGUUUUUCCUGCUGACGGAUGAAGGUGUGGAAGGGGGCGUGACCUCUGGAAAAAUGCAGCCCGUCAGGUUUGGGUCCUCUGACCUGACGGGUCGGAAGCAUCGCGGCAGAGUCAUAUCCGUCCGUGUGCCCUCAGACUCUGGAGCUUCUCUCCAAAUCUGAGUUGUGCCUCUGCUGGUGUCCACCCUGAAGACGAAGAUGACCGUCAACCUGAGCAAGAACGGCCCUGCACUGACGGCGGCGUACCAGGAGGUGGUGGACGGAAAAUCCAGCACAAACUGGGCGUUGUUCACCUAUGAGGGGAACAGCAACAACCUGCGGCUGGUAGAGAAAGGAGACGGAGGCCUGGAGGAGGUGCUGGAGGAGCUGAACAGCGGGAAAGUGAUGUACGCCUUCUGCCGAGUCCAGGACCCCAACUCCGGCCUUCCCAAAUACGUCCUCAUCAACUGGACGGGUGAAGGUGUGGAGGACUCUCGCAAAGGGAUCUAUGCAAACCACAUGAGCUCGGUGGCGUCGUUUCUCAAGGGAGCUCAUGUGACCAUAAACGCCCGGACAGAGGACGACGUGGAGCCCGACACCAUCCUAGGAAAAGUGGCCAAAGCGUCCGGAGCCAACUUUAGCUUCCACAAACAAACGCAGAACUACAGAGACGCUCCCAGAGGACCCGUGGGAUCUGUGUAUCGGAAGGUCAACGCCGUGGAGGAGAUCAAGCAAACCAAGAAGGACAACUUCUGGGCCCAAACCCAGAGGGAUGAAGAGGCACAGCGGGGGGAGGAGAGCAGGAGAGCCGAGCAGGAGAGCCAGAGGAUGGAGAGGGAGGUGAGGGAGCAGGAGGAGAGACAGGCGAAGGAGAGGGAGAGGAAAACCAACGAGAGGAACCAGCAGAUCGAACGGGAGAGGGUUCUUCAGAAGAAGAGGGAGGAAGAGGAGCGAGCAAAGGAGCAGCAAAAGCAGCAGAUGCAGGAAGCCAACAGAAGCAGAGUGACGGGGAUCAACGCCGCGGCGUCCGUGCAGAAGGCUAACGAGGCGAAGUCGCUGGUUUCUCAGAGAUCCUUCAACCCUAAAGACAUCUUCACGCAGAGGGAGCAGAGCUUCAAGGCCAGCAGCAUCCUGCCCCCCGCUUCCUCCAGACCCGGGAAGCUGCAGAGUCCCUUCCUGUCCCAGAAAUCCUUUGAGAGGGAAGUCCCCCCCAAGUCUCAGAGUCCACCUGCCCCCAUCGUGCUCCCGACCAGCUCCGUGAAGGCCCCCUCUCCGGUCUCACCUGUGCCAGCCCCUGCAGCAGUGUCCUUCACGCAUCCGGAGCCCGUCCAGCCUGCAGGAGGGGCUUACGCUGAUGAAGAGGAGUGGUCGGAUGAGUUUGAUGACGACGAUGCGGCUGAGGAUGCAGAAACGGAGAGAGAGACAUACGAGCCUCCGUUCGACACCAACGAGAAUCUGUACGAAAAUACCCAACCGACCGAAUACCAGGAUCAGGAGUUUGAUGAGGAGGAAUCUGGAGGCGGUCUCAGUGCCAGAGCUCUGUACGACUAUCAGGCUGCGGAUGACACAGAGAUCACCUUUGACCCCUAUGACAUCAUCACCAACAUCGAGAAGAUCGACGAGGGCUGGUGGAGGGGGGUGGGGCCUGACGGGCACUGUGGGUUGUUUCCCUCCAACUACGUGGAGCUUCUGUAGUUUCCUCAGACGCUGGUUUUUCAGAAAUUGUCACCGUUUCAACAAUAAAGGAAUAAUGAAAACUG